AUGGAGGAAGAAGCACGACAGUCUUCAAUGAUGCUUUAUCACCCCACCAAUGAAUCUAUACCACUCUUUCAUGUAGAUUCCGAUCAUGACAUUGAGAGAAGAAUAUUGUUUCAAGAAGAAAAUCAAUAUUUUCAACAGCCACCGCAACAUCGGAAUAUUCAUCACCUGCUUCACCCGAAUACCACAACAACCACAACAACCACAACAGCUUCAAUAGAAGGAACCCCAUUCGCCUCACCAUCUUCUGUUUCUCAUGAAAUUUCCAAUAUCAACAGUAAUCACCAAGUAAGCCUUUCUGCAGCCAGUAAGAGAUUGGAUCAUCAUGAUGAUUCUGAAGAGGCUCCAUUGAUUCAUUUCGAAAGCAAAGAUUCGGUGAAAUUAACACCAUCGUCCUCAACUGGAAGACCAUUAUUGAACAUUCACAGAAAUGAAUAUUCUCCGAGUGAAUCAACCAAUGAUUCUAGAACAAACAUAUUGCCCUCAUCAUCAUCCUUGCUCUCCUCUUCAUCAUCUCCAUCAUCAUCACUCCCAACAAGUAGUGAAAAUAUGGAGCAAGCUCAAUUAUUCUCUGUUCACACAGCAACCACACAACCCGAACAACAACCACAGCCACAACAACAAUUCGAACUUCCCUUGCAAGGACUGAUAUCACAAAAUGAUCUUUUUAGCGUCAAAGAAUUCUAUCAUGCAAAGACUUUGUUUUGCACGGGAUGUACUGGAUUUAUCGGAAAGACUGUCGUUGAAAAGAUAUUACGAUGCUUACCUCAUGUGAAAAAGGUUUAUCUUCUCAUCAGAACAAAGAAAGUCAUUGACAAAAGAAAUCCAAAUAAUCCUCCCAAAAUAUUUUCAGGUCAUGAAAGAAUGGUUAAUGACAUUAUAAAAUCGCCAAUUAUGAAUCGAUUAAUUGAUGAAAAAUUCCAAGGAGAUCGUUCCAAAUUUGAAGAGUAUGCUCUCGAGAAAUUGACAUGUGUAGAAGGGGACGUUUCCGAUGUGGAUUUAUUUAAUGAAAAAGAUGAACCUACCGAAGAAAGUCUUAGCAGUGGUCCUUCUUCAAAAACAGUGAAACUUGGCCACAUUAGAAAUCAAGUCAAUGUUAUUCUUCACAUCGCAGCAACUGUUGGCUUUACAGAACCGUUACCAGAUGCGUUACGUUUAAAUGUUUUUGGAGCACUCAAUAUGCUUCGAUUUGCCAUUUAUUGCCCAAAUAUUCAAUCCUUCAUCCACGUUUCAACAUGUUAUGUGAAUUCAAACCAACCAAGUGGUUCUAAAAUUUUUGAGAGAUUUUACCCACUUAACCUUAAUAAUGCAACAGUGGGAGAAAAACAAAGGAAACAUAGAAUACGACGUUUAGUCCGAGGUUAUAGCAACACUUUAGAACAAAAUCAAGGAGCAGAAGAUGAAUUAGAAGAAAUGGAACAAUUUUGUGAGGGAAUUUUUGCAGACUUUUCCUUCCAACGAUUCUUCAAUCAGCCACCAAGUUCCUAUAAACCCGACGUUACUAAUAAGGAAGAUUCUAACUUGAUGGCCCAGUUCACUGAUAGAGUUUUGAAAAAUACCAAAUUUCCCAACACGUAUACACUCACAAAACAUUUGGCUGAAAAACUAGUGGCCAAAUACCAUGCCCAUGUUCCUGUGGCAAUCGUUCGUCCCUCCAUUGUGGGUCCUGCUAUGAAGGAACCUCAACCUGGUUGGAUAGAUGCUGUGUCGGCCGGAGCUGCUGUCAUGCUAUUUAUUGGACUUUGUGUGAUUCGAAUUUUACCAGGAAGAGCCGAAGGAAUUGCAGAUCAAAUACCUGUUGACUAUGUUGUGAAUUCUAUUUUAACAUCUGCAGUUGACAUUGCAACGAGACAAAAGAAAUCAGGCACUUUCAACAACUCUCUGCUUCUUAAUAUGAAUAAUGGAAGCUAUAGCGAUAGCAAUUUCAAUCAAAAUUAUUGCACUCAAAAUAACAAGAAACCAGGACUUUUAAGAAUUUAUCAUGCAGGAACGUCAACAGCAAAUCCUGGACCUUGGAGAAAAAGUGCAAAUGCAGUCACUCUUUAUUUCACAAAAUGCCCAUCCAAACAUCAAGUUUUGCCAAAUAUGACUCCCUUAGUGCAUUUACUUGAGAAUCCUCUCAAUUAUCAAACUCAAUUCUUUUUUAGAUAUACUGUGUGGACUCAAUUUUUCAAGAUUCUCGAUCAUUUGACAAAUUAUUAUCAGAAUACUCUUUCAUUCUUGAGCAAUUCAAAGGGUGUAAAUUCAAGUAGUAAUGGUAUGGAAGGUGUUGGAAGUAACACAAAUGGUAACAUAAAUGGUAGCAGCUUGGCACCACCUACAAAAUUCGGCAAGCUGGCCUCACAAUUAGCAAAAAUUGAACAACGAGCACAUCAGUUAGGUUCACAUUUCAGCCAUUUCAUUUUGAACGAAUACUUUUUUGAUAACUCUCACGUUCUUGAAGCUAAUAAUUCGAUCGUUCCCAAUGAAAGAGACUACUCAUUUGGGGAGAGUGGAGCUUUUGGGUUGGAUUUUGAUUUUGACUGGGAUGAAUAUUUAGAAUUGUUAUGUUACGGCAUUCAUCGAUACUUUUUGAAAGAGGAGCCUCCAUACAUUCCUCCACAGCAGCAACAGCACAUGGCUCAACAGCUGCGAUUGGCCAAGAAGGAAGAAGAGAGAAGUAAGAAUUUCAACAUGAAACAUUUCAGAACUUCUAAACUUUGA